CCGCCUUGUAUGGCGACAGGAAGCGCCUCCACUAUCAAGUGAUUUGCUAGUGUUUAGAAAAGUGAAGUAAGGCCGAAGUUAAAUCGAAGGAUUUGAUCGAAGACAUUCGCAAGUUUAGUGUAAAAUCUAUGUGCGACCUACCUCGAAUGUGGUUUGAUACUAAAUAACCAAGUGAAAAACAUGAUUUCGUUCAUGCACAAAAUGUAGCAGUAUAGCCUGUUAACGUUAAAGAAAACGUCAAGAAACGUGCCAGGCCAUGGCCAUGGCCCAGGGAAGUGAGGUCCAGUACGAGCCGGUGGCAGAGAUCGGAGGCGGUGCGUACGGGACGGUGUACAAAGCUCGGGACCUGGAGAGCGGCCAGUUUGUAGCUCUGAAGAGCGUUCGCGUCCAGACGGACCAAGAUGGCCUCCCCAUCUCCACAGUCAGAGAGGUGGCCCUGCUGAAGAGACUGGAGCAGUUUGACCAUCCCAACGUGGUCAAGCUCAUGGACGUGUGUGCCACCCUGAGGACGGAUCAGGAGACUAAAAUCACCCUGGUGUUUGAGCACGUGGACCAGGACCUUAAGACCUACCUAGAGAAGGCUCCCACCCCAGGACUGCCCCCCAGCCGCAUCCUAGACCUGAUGCGUCAGUUGCUGCACGGCCUGGCAUUCCUCCACUCGAACCGCGUGGUGCACCGGGACCUGAAGCCAGAGAACAUCCUUGUCACCAGCCGUGGUCAGGUGAAGCUAGCCGACUUUGGACUGGCAAGGAUUUACAGCUGCCACAUGGCCCUCACUCCUGUGGUGGUGACUCUGUGGUACAGGCCUCCUGAGGUCUUGCUCCAGUCCACCUACGCCACGCCUGUGGACAUCUGGAGCACGGGCUGCAUCUUUGCUGAGAUGUUCCGACGCAAACCAUUGUUCUGUGGAGACUCUGAAGUGGACCAACUGGGAAAGAUAUUCAAUGUGAUUGGCCUGCCACCUGAGGAGGAGUGGCCUGUUGACAUCACCCUCUCACGACACAACUUCAGUCCAAUCAGCCCCCGCCCAAUCACAGACUACGCUCCUGAGAUCAAUAAACAGGGGACAGAGUUGCUGCUGAAAAUGCUAACUUUUGACCCUCUAAGAAGAAUCUCUGCCCUGAAUGCUCUAGAACAUCCUUACUUCCAGGAGGAUGAGGAGGAAGUGACAAAUGGUUGAAAUGCAGUUAAUGACAUGGAAGGACGGUACUGUGAGGAAUGGUAACCCUGACUCCAUUUUGGUGUACAUUGUCAUUCAGUGCAUUUCAGGCCAUGUUCCUGUUGUGGAUCCUUUUUAUCUUACUACACAAGCUAGACACACCCAGUGGACCACCUGGAGAAUGUAAGGAGAGAAGUGGGGUUUUAGGACCAAUAUGGAUAUGAACCUGAAGAGGGAUUGACUCUUUCAUUCCCCAAGUGAAACGUGCACCCACACAUACAACACGGAAUAACUGUCCUGAGUCGUUAAUAUAUUAUAGCUUAAUGUAUUUUUGUAAAUUCACACAUGAACACAGUAGCUAAGUGGCAUUUGUUGAACAGGUUUACGGGCCAAAUGUGUUUCUGUACUAAGCAUCCCUCCCAGUGUAUCAGUGCUGCAAAGACUAAUAAAGCUGCUCCAAUCUACUAAAA